UGUUCAACAAGCAAAGAUGGCAGCUGAGGAGAAUCCCUGGUUCAUAAAUUACGAAAUUGAUUGAUGCAUUAUCUCUAACUCUUUAUCCUUUCUACAAAAGCCAUGGCUCAGUGUAAACAAACAGCCCAAGAGUUUAUCCAGAACACGUUCAGCCCGGCCGUGGCUGUCCUGUGCAGUCCAGAUGCCGAGGUUCUGUGUCAAAAGAAUAACCUGACAUUCGUGGAGUUAGUCCAACCGUUCUGUCGUCUGACAACAGAAGUUCACAUUCGAGAUCCAAACAAUGUCCCUCACACAAUCAAGAAUCUGAAGAUUACGAUGCGGGACAUGAACAUGCAGCUGCCGCAAGCGGUGAUGGCUCGGAAGAUGUUGAAUGAUGUGGUGGCCAGUACCCAGCCACAGCUGGGAGAGGGGGGCAGGGGCAAUGUGGUGACAUUUGGGAGUUAUGAUUUACAGUUGUCAGCAUCAACACCAUGGUUUGAAGCCUACAGAGACAUGUUCCUAAAGGUGUUGCCACCAAGUGAUCAUGAAUUCCUUAGCCAUUGUUUGUGUUGUAUAUUUGUGGUAUCGUCAGGUCACUCCGACCCAAUAAACGCCUUUAACACUCUGUCCUCCAACCAAUACCAGCAACAGACCCAGUACCCCACCAAGAUGCCACGGUGGUUCUGCCCAGGGAUCCUCAAGUACUACGUGUUGCUUCACGACGUCGUGGAGGGGGAAGACGCUAAGGCGGACGCUGUCUACCAGAGUAUGAAGUCCUCCUUCGGGGGCCAGAACUGUCACCUCUUACACAUCAAUUCCCGGAGUCUCCAUACAGCAGAAACGAUGCAUACAGACCUACCGGACCCCUGGAGCCAGUUCCUCAACAAGAACAAUUCAGAGGCCAAUAGUAAAAAGCGAAACAAAGCUAGAUAUUUCAUAGCGUGGGAGGGGGCAGAAUAUGACAGUGCCAGUAACAGUGUUGCUGACGAUGCUUUCCCCUCUAAACUGUCUGAGGGGACCACUGACAGUACCCUUUCUGGACCCAUCAUGUCUAACAGCAGCCUGGUGGACAUGUCCCCCGACUCCGGGGAGGGAACAGCUUCAUCGGGUUCCAUAGCCAGUGAAACAUUUGACCAUCCCCUCUCUGAACCUUCCCAGGACAUGAACCAUGUGGACAGUCCACUCUCUCCAGACAAGGCCUAUGAACCAGAACUGAAUCACACCUCCUAUAAGGGGAAGCUAGGGGACAGGAAGCAGGGUGGUCAUGGUAUUUGUUUGACCACCAGUGACCAAGACAGAAUCAAGAUUUUUAUGCAUGAGUUGUGUGUUAGAGCCCUCAUACCGUGGGCUGAAAGACAGAUGAAGAUACUCAAUGAACAGCAUGCGUCAAGGAAAGGCAUUAGCAAGUCUUUGUUCAGUGCUACAAAGCGGUGGUUUGGUGGAAACAAACCUACAGGCCAGGUGGCAGCUAACCAGAACACCACAGUGGUAUACUCCAGUGAUGCCCCAGAACUACAGAUGAGACGACUAGGUGACAUAGCCUUCUUGUUCCAGAUGUACGAUUUUGCUUAUAACACUUACCAUGCAGCCAAGCGGGACUUCAAUAAUGACCAUGCUUGGCUUCAUUAUGCAGGGGCUUUGGAAAUGGCUUGUAUAUCUUUGUUUAUGAGUGGAAAUCCUCGAGAACAGAAAUACCCAUUUCAUUACAUGGAGUCUGCGAUUACCACAUAUCUACAGUCUUGCAAAAAUCCAUUAUAUGCAACAAGAGCAACAUUAGUCAGUACUGAGGCUCUCAAAAGUAGAAAAAUGUAUAACGAGGCUGCUCUACAAUUCAUAAAGCUCACUAGUGAGGACUCUGACUUAAGGAGUGCUCUUUUACUGGAGCAAGCUGCCCACUGUUACAUUAACAUGGAGAUUCCCAAAGUCAGGAAGUACGCAUUCCACAUGAUUCUGUCUGGUCACCGGUACAGCAAGUCUGGACAGAGAAAGCACGCUCUACGGUCCUACUCCCAGGCCCUGCAGGUGUAUAAAGGCAAAAGCUGGUCACUGGCAGAGGAUCAUAUAAACUUCACCCUAGGUCGACAGUCCCUCAACUUAAAACAAUUAGACAAUGCCACUGCUGCUUUCAAGCAUUUAUUGACAGAGAACAGCAAACAAAUUCCUAGUCAGCAGAAUGCUUUUCUUAGGGAAUACCUCUUUGUUUAUAAGCAACUUUUAAGUGUAGAAAUGUCUAAUUAUGGUGGAGUUCAUUCCAAUACAUUACCCGAGCUGCCAAUCCCUAUUCUAGACAAUAAUGCUACAAAAGUCAUCGUAGGCCACAAACCACAGCAUAACCAAGAUAAGCCAGGCCACAUAGGCUACGAUUAUACAGAGAGUAACCACCCCCGCUGGGAGGCACUGGAGGAAGCCCUGGUGUCCUUUGCUAACAAUGGAAUCCUCCCUGUCACCCACAGACCAACCAUCCAGUGCUUCACCAAUAAAACCGACAACAGGUUCAACCCAGUCGCUUAUGUAGGAGAACCUGUGACGGUGGAGCUGUACUUGGUGAACCCUCUGAAGGUGGUGCUGGUACUGACAGAGGUCACGCUUCUGUGGAGUUUCCUUCCCUCCAUCCCUGGCCAAGAUAAACCCCAGCUUAUUACUAAUGAAGUGUUUUCUUCUGUGAAGAAUACCCUGGCCAAUGAAAUCAUUCACACACAGGUGAUAGAUGAAAUAAUUUUACCAGGAAGUGAGAGAUCUCCUGUGCAGUUUACGUUGACCCCUCAUCAGACAGGAGAGCUGAGGAUUGUGGGUAUUUGUUACAACCUCUCCAGUUCCCUGACAGACGACAGGAACAUUAAGCCCUCCCCGGCCAACACUGUGUACGUCAGGGGGAAACAGAGGUUGGACGUCCAGGGGCCGCGGCUAAACAACACCAAGGAGGAGAAGUCCAGCAAGGUGUACGGACCUGACCGGAGGCUAGACCUGGUCAUACAGCCAGAAAUGCCUCAACUGCAGGUUUCCUUCUGCAAUUUCCCAAAGAGUUUACUCUGUGGAGAGGUACAUGCAGUAAUGCUACAGUUCACAAACAUAGGAACAAGUCCAUUACAUAAACUUAAACUAGCCUCCUCUACCCCCGAGUUCAUAACCCUGGGGGAUCAUGGAGAGUUACCAAAGUUUCCCUGUGUUUAUCAGACUAAAAAUGAAGUGCCAAGUGAAGAGACCAAGUGUUAUUGUAAUACAAAGGACAAAGUGUGCAAUGUGAUGGACAUUCCUCUGCCCAAUCGGACACUUCAGCCCAAGAGCACCAUAUCGGUGCCGGCGUGGGUCAGGGGUAAUGACAUUGGGGGAGUGCACGAUGUGCAUUUUAUGUUUUACUAUGAACCUGUGACCAAAUCUCCAAAAGUCAGACAUAGACUACAGAGACAUACAGCUGUUAUAAACACCCUGGAGUCCCUAAGUGUUCGAUCAGUGGCUCACAGAGCAAACAGUGUUCACCAGUCCUCAUCUUCCCAGGCCAGCUGUAUCCUCUCCUGUGAAAUGGAAAAUAUUAGCCAGGUGCAGUCCAAUAGGGCUUAUGUUAAAGAGAUCCAAGUGAAUCAGGUUUCCUGUGCCAGUGACCUAUGGUCAGUACAGUACCUCAGUUCUCAGGACAAACCAGAAAUUAUAAUUGGGUGCAGGGAGACGAUGCAUUUAUGUCUGAAGGCAACAAAAAGUGCAAAUAACUUAGAUUCCAUGUUAGGUAAAGAAUCUGUGAUAUUUAGUGAUGUGUCCUUCUCUGAUCAACAAAUAAGUAGCAGUACAACUCCAUGUGCAGAUUUUUUUCUGAGGUCAAGGUCACAAAAGGAUCCAGAAAAUUCUGCCCCAAUGGAGCGAGUGUCCAGAUCACAAGAGAAAGACUUCCGAGACUUAAACUGUGCUAUCCAGCUAGGGAUGACACUGAUCAUACUAUGGAAGGCCUGUGUGAUAUCAGAGGAUGGUGAGCUACAAAUUAAAGUCGGACAACACCAUGUGAUCAUCAAAAAGAUUGACACCAUCUUUACCUCUUAUCCUUUCUAUAUUAUUCCCACUGAGAAACCUCCAAUCCGCUUCACCAAAAGUCGAGAUGAACAGGAUAACCCGAGACCAGAGUCCGAGGUCACCACACAACUGGUGGAUAUAAACUUUAAUCACCAGGCCCAAGUACCACACAACUUCCAAAACAACAGAAUAGCCAUUGUACCUGUUACCCUACUGUUGAGGAACUGUACGAAGGCUUCUGUAGAGAUUUUAGUGGACACCAGUAAAUCACCUGAUAGGCUUAAUAACCGACCAGAAGAGAAAUACGCUGUGCCUGAGGUUCAUCAUCUAACUAGUUUUAGUUGGGUGUCACAGACUAUGACAAAAUUAAGCUUAGAACCCAGCCAGCAGCGGACUGUUCACAUGACUGCGUGUUUCAGUAAGCCAGGUAUUUACAACGUCAACAGACUGGCGGUGUUCGUAACGCACAACAAAGACGCAGCGGAAAUGGUCCUCCAGAAACACGCGGCUCCCAGCGUCAUUGUCAUCCAGGAUGUGUCUGCGGAAUGAGGGAACAUUGCCCUCUCUUACUCUCCCCAUUCAACUAGUGUUUUGAUGUACCGGAUGUUUCUGUGAAAUGUUUAUCUAUCAACAUUCUUCAUACAGAGAAUCAAGUAUUCAAGAACACUAGUGUUACUUACUACAAGGUUAUUGAGGGCUGAGGAAGUUUGGUCAACUUGUGUCAAUGUAUUGUUAUUGCAAUUGUGAAAAUGAAAGGGAACCAGUUUAACAGUGUUUGGAACCAGUGUAACUCAUGUUGGGAACUAGUUUAGCACAUGUUUGAACCAGGAUGGUCGUGUGACCAGUAAUGUCUGGAUAUGUAUUCUAGUCUCUUGUUAAGUUUUCACAGAACUUUUAAACAUUAAACACUGAAUUAUAGUGUGUGUUUUUCCAUGAAGUUGCUACUUCUUGCUGUAUAUGCAGCCAAAAGACCCUUGCUUGCUCAUCUAAUACUUUUCAUAGCUAUAUGUAUUACACUUUUGUUUGCCAUUAUCAAAAAAUAUUUAUGCAAGACAAAGUAGUUGUAUGUUAGCAUUGGUACAGUAUGGGUUGUACUCAAAUGUUGUUUUUUGUUGAUUUUGAAAGGUUUGUUUUGGAUGUACUUGGUCAUUAAGUAAAAUGAAUGCAUACCCUAUAACAUUCCAAAUCAUUAGUAUGAAUAUGUGUUAAAUCAGUAUGCAUGGAAGUUGCUUUGGUGAAAAAGACAUUCCAAAUCAAUUUCUAGGAUCAAAAUAAAUUAAAAUCUAUACACUGCAUCAAAACUGGUCAUUUUUUAAUCCCUCAGAUAACUUAAACAUGGACUUUGAAAACUUUUGAUUCAAUGUAUAAGCUAUUCAAUAUGUGCAAAUAAUAACUACAUGCUUUUGGUGUUGUUUGAGCCAUAAUCUCAAUUGUAAACUAAAGGACUUUGAUUUUCCAUUGAAAUGCAGGAGACACAGGACAUGUAAAAAUGAUGUUCCAAAAAUUUUGCUCUCUAUUUAAGUUUCAUUACAAUAAAUAAUUUUAUGAAAAUUCAAAUAUGUUAAAGUAAGUCUUGAAAGUUUGUUUUUUUAUGACAAUAAAAAAGUACUUCAUAAGAAUUUUAAUUAGUCUCAAUUAAGUUUUUACCUAGAAGCUUUUUUAAGUGAAUGCAUCCUAUCUUUGGACUUCACCUCAGCAAAAGUUUUGUUUUGUAAUAAAAAAAAAAUAUCCAAAGUAUCCUUUUUUGGGGAAGGGGUAAAGUUUGAUUAUCUGUUUUCAAAGAUUGAUAAGUUAGCUGUCUUGCCUUUGUUUUGAGGUAGUCCACAUUUAGGUAGUACAAGUGUAUAAUACAAUAAAGUCUCUAUUUCAUGCAUGAAUUAACUUGGAUGAGAUUUGUUAGUGAGAUGUAAUAGUGUUCACUGCUGCUGUGAAUUUUGUUUAUUUAUUAAAAAUCCAAUGGAUUGUGACCAUUAUUGCCAUGUUAAUUAUUAUAUAUGUCUGUGAUUACAAUCAUUUCCAAUAUUAAAUGGACAUAACUUUGCUUUUA